AUGAGUGUCGCCAAAUCUACCCAGCCAGCACCCUACGAAUCAAUUCGGCAGCGUUCCCUCGCUGUUGCUGCACAUGUUGAAGAGCAGCAGGGAUGGCUAGAGAGAAAGCUCAAACCCAAGACAGUAUCAGCGAGAUACCCUUUCACAGGGCCACUCUUGCUGUAUGCAACAUGUGCCUUCGGAAGUUUAGGAGAUGCAUUGUUCGGUUUCAAUUCUGGAAUUAUGUCCGGCCUAUUGGUCAACGAGGUCUUCGUGGCUCGUUUCUUCAAGGACUAUGGAGGUGCAGACGGGACUACGAGUGGUGUUAACCCUUCAAUCACGGGCAUCUCGGUUGCUUGUUUACAAGUAGCAGCGGCGGUUGGAUCUCUCAUAGCCGGAAGACUUGGAGACAUGAUUGGCCGAAAGAAAUGUGUUCGUGUCGGGGCAUUCAUUUACUUCUUCACUUCCUUCAUGCAGAUGUUUGCGCCUGGCUUUGCUACUUUCGUUGCCGGUCGUACCAUCCAAGGAAUUGGUAUUGGCUUUCUUUCCAUGACGGUGCCCAUCAUUCAAACAGAGAUCGCCUCUGCAAAUCACCGGGGCCUGAUGGUUGGAAUCGAAUAUACCUUCCAGAUCGGAGGAUACAUGCUUUCGUGCUGGGUAGACUACGGGUUCAAUUUCAUGCUGCCUGAUCACUUGUCAUGGCAAGGCCCGUUCAUCAUUCAGAUUGCCCUAUCCUUCAUUCUGUUGGGCAUGUCAUUUUUCUUGCCAGAGACACCUCGUUGGCUGGCAAUCAAUGGAUUUGUGGACGAAAGUCUGCAGACAAUCGCCGAUUUGCAUUCCAACGGUGAUACUCAAGCGGAGCACGUCCAGCGAACUUUCCUCGAGAUUCACGAGGCGGUGAUUUAUGAAAGUAAUCUGGGCAAAUCCACUUGGAGGGAAAUGUUCACUCGGUAUCGAAAGCGAACCAUCGUUGGAAUCACAGUGCAAAUGUUUGCCCAAAUCAACGGCAUCAACAUCAUCUCCUUCUACCUUCCAAGUACGCUUUCAUCCGCUGGUUACGAUAAUCGGAAGUCUCUCUUAUAUACGGCUGCGAAUGCGCUGCCAUACACGGCUGCAACAAUUGGCACUUGGUGGCUCGCCGACAACUGGGGCCGCAAGCCCCUACUUAUUUCCGGAGGAAUCGGCAUGGCAGUUCUUCUGGCAAUCGUCUGUGUCUUCACACAACUCGACUUGGACAUCCAAGUCAAAGCAAAUGGACAAUAUGCCUUUGUCAUGCUUUACAACAUUCUCUAUGGAUUCACCUGGGGUCCAAUGCCAUGGCUUUUGCCUGCGGAAAUUUUCCCACUUCGAGGCCGAAGCAAAGGUAUGGCCUUAGCCACGACUAGCAACUGGGUGUUCAACUUCAUCAUUGGAAUGGUGUCCCCUGAUGCAUUUGCUGGAAUUCAUGGGUAUUUCUAUGUUGUUAUUGCUGGGUUCUGUCUUUCAUCGGCCGUUCUUGUCCAUUUAUACUUUGUCGAGACCGCACACCAUUCUCUUGAAGAGAUUGCGGUCGCAUUUGGAGAUAAGGCCUUUGCGGAUUGUGACGUGGAAGUUAUGGAAGAGGCUAACAGUGAGACGAUCGAGCAUUCGGCAUGA